GAUACUAACCUCUAAAUUAUCUUCCCUUAAAGCUUGCUUACAAGCUGAUUCAAGCUAAUUGCUUAAAAGUGGUUUUCAAUUGCAAAUCGUCGUAGCCGCCUUCUAGUUACGUUCUAAAUCAAUGUUGAAUAGAAACGUUUUGGGUUCAAAUGACAUCAGAAGUUUAGAGUGAUUAACAACUGAUUCCAAACAAUGUCCACCGCAUUUGCAAGAACGAAUGGUCCAAGACAACCCCCAAAUCCCCAGCAAAUCCAAAAAUUGCUGGACGAAAAUGGGCAUCUGAUACAAACGAUUCAAGAGUACCAGAGUAAGGGAAAAGUACAGGAAGUGUUGCAGUACCAGACUCAGCUACAUCGAAAUUUGGUGUUUCUAGCUACAAUAGCUGAUAAUGCUCAAAAUGUUAACUCUUUGCUGCCUAUGAUUCAGCCGCCUGUGCCAGUGGGUGGACCACCACCAGGACAACCUGGAGGUCCUCCCCCAGCUCAGCCCAGUCAUGGACCUCCAUCCCAAUCGCAAACCCAAGAACAACAGCAUUUGAACAACUAUAACCAUCAGCAGCAACCUCCCUCAGCAGGAUACCGGCAACCUCCAGGCCCUCCGGCACCUGGACGACCUACGGGACCUCCAGGACCAGCUCCUCAUCCAGGCUACCAGCAACGCGGAUAUCAGCAAGGCCAGUACCCGAGCCAGUAUCCUCCACAAGGUCAAGGGUAUCCCCAAGGCCAGUACCCGCCGCCCAACCAACCACCGGUUUAUCCUCCCAACACUCAAAGUAACUAUGGGCAACCGCCUCCUACUACUGCUUACAACAGUUACCAACAGCAAGGAUACGGGGCCGCUCCACCUGCCUCAAACGCUCCUCCACAAGGGCCCGCAACUGGAUCAUAUGCACCUCCUAAUGGGCCUCCACCUCAAUCGUCUGCUCCCUACGGAGUGCCUCCUAAUGGACCUGCAUCUUACGCCGGAGCCCCGCCGCCGCAAAGCUAUUCAUCAUCUCAAGGAGGUUACCCACCACAAGGCUACGCUCCGCCACCCUCUCAAGGAGGCCCCCAACAGGCUCCUCCUCCGCAAGGCCCUCCACAAGGUAGUCCUUAUGGACCGCCUCCCGACCAAGCCCCGUCUUCCCAAGUGCCCCCUCCGCAAAAUUAUGGACAAAACAACACACAGGGUCCUCCAUUUUCGGGUCCACCCACUACCAAUACCAGUUCUUCUGUAAAUACGGCUCCGCCACCUUCCGGACCCGGUGGACCUGCGCCACCACCGUCCUCGCAGCCUUAUCCUGGACAACAAGGCUACAAUCCUAAUUCUCAAUCGAAUCUUAAUACUGGAUACAACCCGCCGCCCAACCAGUAUCCUCCGUACGGCCCGCCCAGCGGUUCAAGCUACCCCCCUCAGCCGAAUUAUCCGUCGCAACCUCAAUACGCGCAACAGCCUCAGAGCUAUCAGUAUCCUAGACCACCAGGAGGCCACCCUGGCGCAGCAGGGCAUCCUGGUUCUGGGGGACAUCCAGGAGGACCUGGUGGACAUCCAGGAGGACCUGGUGGACAUCCAGGAGGACCUGGUGGACAUCCAGGAGGACCUGGUGGACAUCCAGGAGGACCUGGAGGCCAUCCAGGAGGACCUGGUGGGCACCCGGGAGGACCUGGUGGGCACCCGGGAGGACCUGGUGGACAUUCAGGAGGACCUGGCGGACAUCCAGGAGGACCUGGAGGGCAUCCAAGUGGACACCCGGGAGGACCUGGUGGACAUCCGGGAGGACCUGGCGGGCAUCCGGGAGGACCACCCAGUGGACAUCCAGGUGGGCAUCCGGGAGGGCACUCCGGAGUAGCUAGUGGACAUCCGGUUGGACCAGGUGGACAUCCAGGAGGACCCGGAGGACAUCCGGGAGGACCUGGAGGACAUCCGGGAGGGCCCGGAGGACCAGGCGGACCUAGUGGCCACCCUGGAAGUCAUGGAGGCGGUCCAGGCGGACACCCUGGCGCACCUGGAGGUCAUGGAGGUGUACCUACUGGUCAUCCAGGACAGGGACCGCCGGGACCUCCAUCGCAAGGUCCAUAUACCUACAAUUAUCCGCCACAGCCCAAUCCGCAGUAAUCGAAAAAAAAAUGUUGAGGAAGUUACCCGGAGUGCCCUCUAUAUAAUUCCUAAAACGGUUUUUGGUUUACAUUUUAAUCAGGGAGCAAAUCCUACAUGAUAGUGUAGAAUUGUGUACCUACACUUGUGUUUAAACUGGAACUUGGAACUUUUUCUCCGCGGCUAAUGUUCUUACGAGAGGCCAGCUUUGCUGCCGAGUUUAGGUUGUAACUUAAAUAAACUUCUGGACAAAAUAAACGCAUCAAAAACGGA